AUUAGUAAAAGAAAAUCCAUUUUAUAGACGUAGAAACUGUUGAUAGGUUGGAAAAAAAAGAUAUGAAUUCGUCGCUAAUGCUGCGUCGUCUUUUCUGUUUCAAUGCACCGCCAUCACUAUCAUCGUCACCAACAGUAUCAGCUACAGCUUCUACUUCUUUUAAGAAGAAACCUCUCGUCUUCUUGGGUUCCCCUCAGGUAUCAUUAACUGUGCUGGACGCGCUUUUUAAUGCUUCUUCAGCACCUAAUUCUAUCUUUGAGGUCGCGGCAAUUGUAACUCAGCCACCUGCGAGGCAAGGUAGGGGGAGAAAGGUUAUGCCUUCACCAGUUGCUCAGUAUGCAUUAGAUAACGGCUUCCCUUCUGACCUUAUUUUUACACCCGAACGAGCUGGAGAGGACACUUUUUUAUCCAGUCUAAGAGCAUUGCAACCUGAAGUUUGUGUCACAGCAGCGUAUGGUAACAUAUUGCCAACCAAGUUUCUCAAUAUUCCACCAAUGGGGACAGUGAAUGUACACCCAAGUUUGUUGCCCCUUUAUCGUGGUGCUGCUCCUGUUCAAAGAGCAUUGCAGGACGGAGUUAAAGAAACGGGAGUAUCUUUAGCCUUUACUGUUCGUGCUCUAGACUCUGGACCUGUCAUUGCCUGUGAAAGAUUAGAUGUUGAUGAUCAAAUUAAGGCUCCUGAUCUGCUUGCUUUGCUAUUUUCAGAAGGAUCUAAACUUCUGGUUCAUGAGCUUCCUGCUAUAUUUGAUGGAUCAGCCAAGAAGAAAGCUCUGCCACAAGAUGAUUCUAAAGUUACUCUGGCUCCAAAGCUUUUUAGAAUGUCUAACAAGAUAUUUGUUGCCUUGCUUCUACCUCUCUUAUCAGUUUUAUUUAUUAAGCCAUGCAUCCUAAGCAAGGCCAAGUUAACUCCUGAGGAAUCAUGGCUAUCCUUUGAUGAAGAAGCUUUAGUCCUACAUAAUAAAGUUCGUGCAUUUGCAGGGUGGCCAGGAACAAGAGCUAAACUAGCACUUGUUGAAAGUACAGAUGCUGGGCAAUAUAUCAUAGAUCUGAAAAUCAUUACUACAAGGGUUCACAACAACACCGUCAUCCAGGGCAAUGAAACCAAUGAGAUAACGUUUUUCAAGGGCUCAUUGCUGAUUCCAUGCGGAAGAUCCACUAUACUUGAGGUAUUGGAAGUUCAACUUCCUGGCAAAAGAGCAGCAAGUGCCUCUGCCUUUUGGAAUGGAUUGCGAGGUCAAAAGCUGAAGAAACUAUAGUCCUACUCGAGAUUCGAAGAUGCUACUUAAGAAGUAAUAUGCGAGUUUUCAUUUGUUUACUUUCAGAUUCAUGCUCAAAACUUAAAAAUUGAAUUUGCCGGAUCAAAGUGCAAAGACAUCACAGCAUACGGAAAUGGUUAAUUUUCAUUCAGAUCUAUGAUAUUUGAUUAUGAGAGUGAUAGAUUUAUGUUAUAUCAUAUGAUUUUCAGAUCUAUGAUAUUUGAUUGAUUAUGAGAGAUAGAAUAUAUGUCAUAUCAUAUGAUUUUUGAGAACGUUUGUCAUAUGAUAUUAAAAACACUGUAGUGUGUAACUACAUCAAUAUGAAAUUUCAUUUAUUUGUGUAACUA